CAAAAUUUGUCACUUUUCAUUUUAACCUGGAUUUCUUAAUUUGAAGCACAAAGCUGGUGAAUUGCCAUCAUCACUACUACAUGUAGGCUCACAAACUUUUGACAAAAUGCCAGUCCAUUUGAACAUGUCACCAAUCCUCUUGCGAGUCCUGAGAAUAGUAUUCAUGAAACUUCUUGGGACAACCUCAGUUCUGGUCGCCACAGGCUUUAGCAUAUCCCUCCUGCUCCUUCUUGCCGUCAUAGACUCUGAAAUCUUCCAGGAAAACCGGUUGCGGGCCAGCAUCGAUCUUGACAGCGGCCACGGAAUCUCAAGAACGUUGCCAACUUUGAAUGAUCGGUCUUCCGUGAAAGGCCGACACAAACUCGAGUGGGAGCAAGACGAAGGUACGGCUGAUCAGUUCAUGAAACCAGAAUGGGAUGUGCAAAAGUUAGCGGAUGUCUUCACAGCUGGGCCUGAUUGUACCGUCGAACCACUCCUCCUGUUAAUUGUUACAUCAGCACCUGAAAAUGUCAAAAGGAGGACAGCAAUAAGACAUACAUGGGCACGAUAUAGAGACCCCAACGUUUUGAAUACAACUCAUUUCAAGACCGUAUUUUUAAUUGGUAAAACUUCUUCUUUACUAAAUGAGCAGAUUGAAGAUGAGAGUGAAAAGCACAAAGAUAUCCUCAUUGGAGAUUAUGUUGACAGUUAUCGGAACCUUACGUACAAAGUCCAGCAUGGGAUGAUGUGGGCAGCUGACUCUUGCCAAUCGCAGUAUGUUCUGAAGACGGAUGAUGAUUGCUUCGUAAACACCAAAGGUCUGGUGGAGUUUCUUACAAGACAUAACCAUCAAACAAAAAACUUAUAUGUCGGCCACAAGAUGAGGAGUCGAGAAGUGGUGCGAGACCCGGAAAGCAAGUGGUACGUUUCCUGGAAGGACUACCCCAGAGAUUCCUACCCAUGGUAUGCCAGUGGAACAGGAUACCUGCUCUCCUCCGAUGUUGUCCACAAAAUCGCCAAACGGACAUCGUACCAUCACCCAUUCCCGGUCGAGGAUGCCUACAUGGGAGUCCUUGCAGAGGACUUGGGAGUCGGCCUUGUUGACACGCCCCGCUUUGCCUUGUUCAGUACUAAGUGGACGAUGUGUAACUACCUGUAUUUCUUUGUCGUCCAUGACCUAACUCCGGAGCAGCAGUAUGUUUGCCUGAGGUAUGCUGACGAGAGUGAGAAAACCUGCCGAAGAACUAAGGAUCUUGAGCUUUGGGAAUGAAAAGAUUGGUCUUCAAAUGUCAACUGGAGUGGAGAGCUCAAAGUUUCAUUUGGAAAUUUAAUUUUGAAGAUUAUUUCCAUGGCUGCUGAAUUCAUGAAAUAAAGUCAUGUGCACUUUGGGAAAAUGAAA